AUGGAUACAGAGGGGGGCGGUGCGUCAUUGCGCUUGGAGAAUGAGAAACUGCGGUACGAGAAUGACCACCUGAAAAUAAUGCUUGACCUAAUGAAGGAAAACUUUCAUCUGAAGUCCAAACUGCAAACCUCUGCUCUAACCAGCGAUACUAUCAGGAAAUCGACAGGCAGGAACACAACUAUUCAGUGGCAAGACAUCGUGGAUGAGGACAGAUUCAAACAUGAGCUGCAUCAAUCGUCCAAACAUCCUCACAGAACGUCUUCCCCGGUUAACCUGGAGUCCUACACCAAGAGCUGCAUGUGCACAGACCCACGAGAACACGAGCAGACUGCAUGUGCACAGACCCACGAGAACACGAAGAGCUGCAUGUGCACAGACCCACGAGAACAUGAACAGACCGCAAGCUGUUCUUACCGCAUGUCUCAGAAGAUGAAAGAUCCAGAGCGGUUGCUGGGGGAGAUAGCCUUCCAGCUGGAUCGAAGGAUCCUGUCCUAUGUGUUCCAGGGCCAGAACAGACUCUAUGGGUUCACUGUGCUCAAUAUACGAGACAAGAUCAUUCAGGUGUCCACACACCCUCUGACGGGGAAGGUGGACGAGGGCUACAGGCUCCAGCUGUCCCAGCGCUACACUGAGCUGAUGGCCAAGCUGAAGCAGCUGGGCUAUAGCAUGACUCUCCACCCCCCCUUCACAGAGUUCAUCAUCAACACCUACGGCAUCCUGAAGCAGAGGGCUGACUCAUACAGCGCCCGGGAGCUGGGAUACAACAGCCCGGACUUCCUCAGGAGAGUAGUUAUCAACACAGCCCCCUCCAAACUCCUGAAGGAUCUCCUGCUGCUGUUCAGUUGCCUCUCUUUCAUGGCCAGGCAGGACGGCAAGCCCCUCUUCCUCUGGUAAACGGGCUGGGAACAGCUCUGGUCCAGGGUGUUACGUGCAGCUUGCUGAUUCUGAGCCUUUUAUAAACGUUUAGGACCAGAGCUAGACUGGGACGGCCACUGAUACCACCCCCUCCACAGCAGAGUCGUCUGUGGAGAGUCAAGGUUUUACACUAUAAACAAAUGACUCAAACCAAACUCUUAAUGUGUCUAAGCUUUUACUGCUUUGGAGACAAGCGCUCUCUCAUACAAACUUCACACACCCUCCGCAGACAGGACAGCUCUGCAUCUCUACACACACCCUCCACAGACAGGACAGCUCUGCAUCUCUUCACACACCCUCCGCAGACAGGACAGCUCUGCAUCUCUUCACACACCCUCCGCAGACAGGACAGCUCUGCAUCUCUUCACACACCCUCCGCAGACAGGACAGCUCUGCAUCUCUUCACACACCCUCCACAGACAGGACAGCUCUGCAUCUCUUCACACACCCUCCACAGACAGGACAGCUCUGCAUCUCUUCACACACAGCUCUGCAUCUCUUCACACACAGCUCUGCAUCUCUUCACAAACAGCUCUGCAUCUCUUCACACACAGCUCUGCAUCUCUUCACAAACAGCUCUGCAUCUCUUCACACACAGCUCUGCAUCUCUUCACACACCCUCCACAGAUAGGACAGCUCUGCAUCUCUUCAC